AUGGAUGAAGUUGCGAAUACAGAUCAGACGUUUAAUCCGGUAGUUAUGCCGCUGGACAGGAAGGUAGCAACGAACGAUGGCAGUAACAAAGUGAGUAACAAUUUUAACGCAGCGACAUCCCCCCCCUCCAUGAUGGGGGCCAUGGGCAGCAUUAUGGGGAGCGGGUUUGCCGGAAACAUGAACGGUGCUGUUGGCAACCCUAUGAGCAGUGCCUUUGUCGGCCCAAUGAAGAACAACAUGAUGAACUCAGUGGGCACUCCAAGGACGAGCAGCUUGAACAGCAUGUGUAAUGUCCUGGGAAAAGGUAAUAUGAACAAGAGUGGUAGCAACAGCAGCAGCACAAAUAUGAGACCAAUGAAAGGCUCACCAAGUAAUGACCCCAGCAUUCUAGCCAAUAAUUUGGUGAACACUGUGGUGAACACCGUGGUGAAUACCAUGUCGAAUGGCAACCACGGCGUUGGUAAUCUGGCGAAUAGCCCUGUGAUGAAUGGAAGCAAUAAGCCCCCAACAAAGGGCUCUGCCCAGUCUGGAACAGGAGAAGUAAUUAAGAAGAAAGUAGGAAGGCCCAAAGGCACCACUUCUGCAAAUAAAGGAAUAAAAAAGGAAGAAAAGGUUUCUACGUCUUCAUCCGGGUAUCCAGGGGUCAGUUGGAACAAGAGAAUGUGUGCCUGGCUAGCUUUUUUCUAUGAUGGCGCGUCUAGAAGAAGUAGGACUUUUCACCCCAAACAUUUUAAUAUGGAUAAGGAAAAGGCCCGAUUAUCAGCAGUAGAAUUUAUGAAAUCGCUAGAAAAUAACGGUAGAAAAAAGUCAACAAAAAAUAAAACAGGUAAAGGUAAAACGAAGCAAUUAAAUGAAGAGAUGGUACCAAGGAUGUUGAGUAAUGACAUCGCAAAUAAUUUAAAUAACAGAGCUGCCCCCAAUGGCACUCCCAUCCCAAUGCAAUUCAUGCCCAUGAAUCGCGGGUUCUAUAUGCAAAACAUGAAUAGAAAUUUCAACCUCACUGGCAUGUCCCCAAAUGAUAGAAAUAGCAUGAACAAUGCAUACAACUCGUUAAGCAACUCAUCAAAUUUAGGAGGCAUGGCUCAAGGCAUGCAAGACCCAAGUGGAAUGUACCUGCAUAAUGGAGGAGGUCCGCCCAACAUGUUUGGAGGCAAUAUGCACAUGUUGAGCAGUGUCAAAAGUAAUGUUAACGGUACUGGUUGUGCAACUGGUAAUAGUCACAACGCUUGUAACAACGGUGGAAGUAAUGGGGGUGGCCCCGGUGGUAAUGGUAAUAAUAUGCUCUACUUGAACGAUUUGAUGUUUCAUUCGAAUCUUAUGCAAGGAGGAGUGGGAGGUGGUGCAGGAAAUGGUGUUAGUGAAUUUUUAAAAAUGGAAGAAAAUUUAGGACUACAUAAUAAAGAUGUGGAACAUUUAAUGAAUGCCCUGUUCAGACAAAAUUAUAAUAUGAACAUGGGUAUGCCACACAUGGAUAAGCAUACAUACCUACACAGUAGUAAUGGGAAAAACAAUGGUACUGGGCCCGGUGGCAUGAAGGCCUCUUCGAACAGUGCAAAUGGUGUGAAUAACCCUAUUGGCAAUAGCAACCUCGCCAACAGUAAUACCGCGGCCAAUUCAAUCAAUGGCAAUGCAUCCCAAGGUGCCCAUUUAUACUUGCCUAACCAUGGUGCAGGAGAUAUGUUUGAAAAUGCAAACGACUCAAGUAAUGGAGUAAGUAUGGCUAGCAUGACCAUGAACAGCAUGGCCAACAUGCUUAACCUACCCAACAUGGGCAACCUACCAAAUUAUUAUGAUUAUAAUUUUGAUCCAUAUAGAGGAAAUAUUUCUCCUCAUGUGAUUGACAUGAUGCACCGCUUAAACAAGGACAUGAAGGAUGAUUGUAAGAAUGGAGCGGGGGUAGGAAUAGCUGGAGUAGAUGGCCGAAUUGACGACAUGAAUGAGUUAAAUUUCUGUUCCACUGAUAACGCCUCUUGGAUUAACCAAUUAAAACAUUCGCAAAAUAAUCUGUGCAACAAUUUAAACAGCAACCCUUGUGAUUUAUGUGAUACAAGCAGUGCCUCGCCUGAGCCCAAUAUGGCUAAAAAGAUGCACAUGGGUAAUAGAAAAAAAGCAGCCAAUAAUAAUGUGCUCAGCAUGUCUAACACGAAGAGCGAGAUGGUGGACCCUGGUGCCACUUCGACCUCGCACCAUGUGAAUGGGGAUGGUAGUAGUGCCGGAGCAAAUGGAGGUGAUAACACAAACGGGAAUAGUGGCAGUGCCAACUUUGAAAUGAACGGUACUAAUGCGCCUUGCGAUUGUGCGCCCCACUUGAGGAAUCAAAAGAAGCACUAUUGCAUGUAUUACAACCGAGCCAAUUCGAACGCCACGAACGAUGACAGUUAUAAUUUUAUGGCACCAUGGAAUGGAAGUGGUAACCCUAACUCCAGCAACAACAGAAUGAAUGGCUUGGACAAUAAUAAUAAUGAAAACUCCAUUGAUAGCAGCCACCUUGCAGGUAAUGGCUCUUCGAAUAAUAAUGCUCUAAACAUGGGACACCCCAACAGUAGUAAUAGUAGUAGUGUCGUGCUUGGUAUGUCAACAAAUAAUAACCAGAUUAAUUCUCUUGCACAAAAUGCAACACACAUGGCAGGAAAUGUCGAAAUGAACCCUAAACAAAGUAGUCCCCACUCUCCCGCUCCCUUUUCUGGUGCACCUAAUAUACAAGACAUGCAGAAGCAGUUACAUUUUCAGACCCAGUCAGGUAUGGGUGCAUCUGCACAAGAUUUGCAUAAUGCACUACAAAUGGCUAAGCAAACGAAUAACUUUGCGCAAAAGGGUCUUGUCAAUAGUAACAGUAAUGGUGGUGGCACGAACAACAACGUCAGUGGUGGUAGUAGCAAUAUUGGAGGCUUAAAUAAUUCCAUUAGUCCUACUUCCAAUGGCACCAGUGCGCAUAAGAAAAGGGGACAACAGGAUAGCCGCAAGGCGGCCUUAUUACCCCCGCACGCAGCUGCACCAUUGACAGAGGCAGGAUCUUCACAUGGUAUGAACACACAACCGGCGCAAAACGGAAAAAAAAAUGGAAUGAACGUGAAUUUGUCCGAGCAUAACAAUUUAUGUAGCAAGCUGAAUAGCAUAAUAAAUUUCGAGUGGUUCAGCUCCGACACCAAGGCCCAUCAGAAUAAGAAUAAGCAGAGCACCUUCGAGAACGGAGAAACGUGA